AACCCUGCACCUGCCCCGCCGGGGCCAAGAAGACCUGGUCGGGGGUCACCUGACUCUGGGUUUAAGGAGAGGCGGCGCGGCGGCGUCUGCCUCACGUGAUCGGGCUCGGGCAGCGACGAGCGCGUCACGCUACGCCCCGCGCACCGGGUCGGUCAAGGUCUGCGCCUGCGCGGCCGCUGCUCGCCGGCUCGCCGACCUGCGGGUUGGCGGCUAUCGGGCGCGGAACCGGGCGCCCGCUGCAAUGGGAAAUCCAGUAUCAAAAUUGCAGAAGAAAGAACCUAACAGACCAGUAACAAUGGAAGAAAUUGAGAAAGUUAUCAAAAAGCUACCAUCCCCCAAAACACCAGGCCCAGAUGGUGUUACAGGUGAAUUCCUUUAACUAUGAAGGAAAAGCCCAGCUCCAAGGAAUCUGGCAUCUCUGAGUCGAGCAUCCAGGGGAACACAUUUUUGGAACUCCGGGGAACAGUUUUUCCUGCCCCUUUAAACCGAUUCAUGAUGGUGCUGAGCAGAUUUCAGCUUUUUGCAGGUCUGUGUAAUGUCUGGCAUAAAAGGUCUGCGUCUGCAUUGUGUCUGUGGUGAGAAGUUGUUCUGGUUAAAGUAGAUGCAGAAAAUCAGCUUCACACAGGUACGUGGCUGGAAAAGGAAGGACCUCCUGGACCCCUGCGAGGGUCUCGGGGACCUCAGGGGCCUCUGAAAAUGCUGUAACAACUACUGAUGUAGUCUAACAGGGAAAAUGUUAAAAGUAUUCUUCAUGAAGAAGAAAGAUCUUAAGCAACAUGGUGGAUUCGGAAGCUCAUGAAAAGAGGCCGCCCAUCCUGACCUCUUCAAAACAAGAUCUGUCCCCUCAUAUCGCUAAUGUUGGUGAGAUGAAGCAUUACUUGUGCGGCUGCUGUGCGGCUUUCAACAACGUAGCAAUCACAUUUCCCAUCCAGAAGGUGCUCUUUCGGCAGCAGCUGUAUGGCCUCAAAACCCGGGACGCGGUGCUUCAGUUGCGGAGGGACGGCUUUCGAAACUUGUACCGCGGGAUCCUGCCCCCACUGAUGCAGAAGACAACUACGCUGGCGCUUAUGUUUGGGCUGUACGAGGACUUAUCCUGCCUUCUCCGAAAGCACAUCAGUACCCCUGAGUUUGCGACCCGCAGUGUGGCCGCAGUCCUCGCGGGGACAACAGAAGCAAUUUUCACUCCGUUGGAAAGAGUUCAGACGUUGCUUCAAGACCACAAGCAUCAUGACAAAUUUACAAACACUUACCAGGCUUUCAAGGCGCUCAGAUGCCACGGAAUUAGAGAGUAUUAUCGAGGCUUGGUGCCUGUUCUUUUCCGUAAUGGAUUCAGCAAUGUCCUUUUCUUUGGCCUUCGAGGUCCCAUUAAGGAGCAUCUGCCUACUGCAACGACUCAGAGCGCACAUUUGGUCAAUGAUUUUAUCUGUGGAGGUCUGUUGGGGGCCAUGUUGGGAAUCUUGUUUUUCCCAGUUAAUGUUGUGAAAACUCGCAUGCAGUCUCAGAUUGGUGGGGAGUUUCAGUCUUUUCCCAAGGUUUUCCAGAAAAUUUGGCUAGAGCGGGACAGGAAGCUGACGAAUCUUUUCAGAGGUGCUCACCUGAAUUACCAUCGGUCCCUCAUCUCUUGGGGCAUAAUCAAUGCAACUUAUGAGUUCUUGUUAAAGAUUAUAUGAAAGAAAUCAUCAGUUAAGUGCCAUUUAUUAACUGGAUAGACCUAAGAAGAAUACGGUUUGGCCUUGUUCCUAAUUGGCGAAAUACGAGUUGGUGUCAGAAGUUCAGGGCACAGUGAAUUAUGGGCAAAGCUGUUUUCUUGAAGCAACAACAAAUUCAGAAUAAAAGGCUCUAAUAGGAAGAUGUAAGGGGUUUUUGGUUUUGUUUUUUCAUUAUUAUCUGAGAACUUUAGGCUAAUUGCCUCGUUAAUAGCUGUCUAUCUGACUGCUUUUGACAAGGAAAACUAAUAGCCAAGGUAUGAUUCUUUUUCCCAAAAGUCUUUAAUAAAUCUUCUGUAUUGAAAUGUCAGUGGCCAUGACCAGCCAGAGAAAAGGCUCUCAGAGCUUCAUGAAUUCUCAGGCUUCCUUCUCUUGCUCCAUUUCUUGCUUCUCUGCUUUUAGGAGUUGCAAAGGGUAGUCUUCGUUAAACAUAAGCAUGUACAUGUAGGACAAAGAACAGAGGAGCAGAACAGCUUAUUAGGUGUAGGCUUUUUAUGGUAAAUUGCUUGUAUUACUUUUGAAACUAAGUACCUGUUGGGAUAGCCAUUAUCUAGACUAUUCAGACAUGGUGUGGCAGAACCAAGCAGCUAGUCAAAGCUCCCAUUUUGCUUUCAGGUUGCAAGGUUUUGUGUUUAGUUCUGAAUGUGAGCUUAAACCCUCCCCAGAUGUCCUUAUGUUAAUUUCAGUUAUUUCAUUGCCAAAACAUGGGGAGACUUAUGGUUCAUUACAGGCGUUUCUUCAUGUGAAGAAAUUUCAUAUUAAUUGCAAACUGGUUAAUUCAGUUUUUUGAUUAAUUGUUGCCAACUUCAGGAAGAGCUUUGGGAGUUUGGGGAGUGUUUUUUCUUUGAGUCAUAGUUUGUCAUAUUGAAGUAUCCUGUUUUCUUAAAACCCUCCUUAAAAAAAAAAAACACUUCCAUAAAAUUGUAUUUUGGAAGUAUAUUAACAGGAUUCUAGAUUUCUCUCUCCUGGCUUCUAAGCAUUACAGAAGGGGAAAAAACAAACCUCAGGCUAGCUUUCACCCCAGUGUUAGCUUUUUUAUUUGACUCUUGGAAAUAGAGACCUCUAUUAGGAUUUUUACAUUUUGGGAACCCAGUUUUAUCAUUUUAUCAUUAAACAGUAAGAUAGUUUGAGAUAAAGAUAUUUGGAGGGUUAAUUUUAAAUGCUACUAGUUCGUAAAGGCUGGCUAGCAUACUCAUCCCUUAGGUGACAGAAAAACUUGUCAAAGGAAUCAGAUUCUUAAAAUAUUUUUUCCAGAUCGAUGAAGCAAAAUGCCUCUCUUUACUGGUUGAAUGAUUAAUAAAACUUGAAACAUUCUA